AUGGAAGACAUUAUUCAAGUACGUCGAGCGUUGGACUUGUUCCUCGACUCACGGAUCCCGGAAGCAGAAGCCAUUUUGAUGCCUCGAGUUAAAAAGUCCAUGUAUUAUUCUUUGGGCUACGCAUUUAUUUUGUUUCUGAAGAGCAUGAUGACCUUUCAGCAUUGCGAUAUCCAAAGUGCACUGGAAGCCAUGAAGGAAACCAUCAGUCUUGCUGAUAAUUUGCGGAAACGAGACGGAGGCUGGAUUGGUAAUUUCACCUCGUGGGUCAAAGGCAAUUCAUUAUCCGAUAUUCUCACCAUGUCCAAAGUCCAUCGACACGCCGAACUCGUGUAUGCCGAGGCUUACUUGCUGAAAGCGCUGCUUAGCAUCAUUCAUGACGAAAGCUUCGUUGCCUUUAUUCGUGAAGGAUUCACGAUUCGAACGAGCUAUUCCAUAUAUCGCACCCUUGAGAAAUACGUUUCCUUUGUGAAAACCGAGGCUGAAAAAGGAGAAGAUGUCACACAAUAUGAUCUGGACGAUCAUUUCUCUUCCGGUGUCGCAUUGGGUAUUGGAUGCUUCAAUAUCAUGCUCUCCCUCCUCCCCACUUCUGUUUUGCGAGUCGUCGAAUUCAUCGGUUUUUCAAGCGAUCGAAAACACGGCAUGGAAAUGCUGGAAUCGAUCGGCGGAUGGCAAGAGUACGGCCACAUGCCGCUGGAUGUAUUACCACCCAAACAAAGCAACGAUGAGGGCUUACGACGCCAGUUUUGUGAUAUGGUGUUAUUGCUUUAUCACAUUAUCCUUUCCAAACUUAUCCCGCUUUCUGACGUCGAUGAACAACUUGCCCAGCGAAUCCUCGCUUACAAUCUCGGCCUAUACCCAUCCGGCACCUUUUUCCUGUAUUUCUACGGUCGCCAACUCAGCGCCCAAGGCCAGCUCACCAAGUCCGAAGCUCAAUACCAUCGAGCGAUUGAAACACAGAAAGACUGGAAACAAUUGCAGCACAUGUGUUUCUGGGAAUUGGGCUUACUCAACAUUUUGCAGUCCAAGUGGCAGGCCAGUUACGAUACAUAUGAUACCCUUCUUCGUGAAAGCAACUGGUCCAAAUCUGUAUAUACUUACAUGAAAGCCAUCUCACUAUCUAUGCUCACCGAGAUCGACGCCGAUGCGAAAGUCAAACAAAAGGAAGCUCUGCAGGACAUGAUGCAUCAUGUCACAAGCGCCAAGCAAAAGAUUGCAGGAAAAUCUAUACCAUUAGAGAAAUUCGUUUCGCGUAAGGCACGCAAGUUCAUUGCUCAAGACAAUUGGCUGUUGUUUCCCGACUUGGAGAUUCUCAACGCCUUCAGCGUGCUCGAUUUCAUGCCGGCCGAUCUUUUGGAAAGCAACAUGAAAAGAGUGACGGAUACAGCUCAGCAGUUAGCCAAUCAGCACAAACCCAGUUCGCUGAACCAUUACGACGAUGUGUGUCUCGCCAAUUAUUUACGGGCCGUGUUUGCCCGUCUCCUUCUGGCCACUCCCGGACAAGACUCUGCUCGCCUCCAACGGGUCCACAAGGAAGCCCUUGCGCAGGUGUUUCAGCACGCCAACAAGAUUCAGCUGGAUCACUACAUCUAUUACUUUUCACGCUACGAGAAUGCGCGCAUGAUGAUUAUUAACAAACAGUUUGAGGAAGCAGAAGAGCAAAUCCAAAUGAUUCUCAAAGCGAGCCAAAAAGGAGAGUACAAUAUCGGCGCCGGUCCGCAUGCCAAGAACAAGUACAGUCUAGAAAACUCGCUUCUUUUUAAAUGCCACAAUUGCAUUACCGAAAUUCAAGUCUUAGCCAAAGAACACUCCACCAAUGUCCGUGAUGAUUCCUCCGACACUUCUUCCGUUUACGAGUCAGCAUAA